GCAACUGUCUCCAGGUUUCCGCUGACGUGGGCCGGGCCGGGUUUUAUGGAGGGGGCGGUCGUGCGGCCGGACGCUUCCGCGGUCGAAAUGAAAGCGGCCUGGGGGAACUAGCGCUCCGAUCCGCCAUGCGCUACAAUGAGAAAGAACUGCAGGCCCUGGCGAGGCAGCCCGCGGAGAAAGCGGCGGAGCUGGGGAUGCGGGGCCCCAAGAAGGGCAGCGUGGUGAAGAGGCGAUUGGUGAAGUUGGUGGUGAAUUUCCUCUUUUACUUUCGGACGGAUGAAGCCGAGCCCAUUGGAGCCCUGCUGCUGGAGCACUGCCGGAUUGCCAAGGAAGAGCAGAGCAGCUUUUCUAUCAGUUUCAGCGAGGAGCCCGACAGGAAGUACUACUUUGAGUGCAGCAGCGAGGAGCAGUGUCAGGAGUGGGUGGAGGCGCUGAGGAGAGCCAGCUACGAGUUCAUGCGGAGAAGCCUCAUUUUCUACCGUAACGAGAUCCAGAAGGUGACGGGGAAGGCACUGAGCCCCGACAAGAAGGGCAGCAGGAGCGGGGCCCUCUGUCCUCCGCUGUACCGGCCGAAUAAACUCUGUUUGGGGAAGAAAAAAAGAAAAAAUGCCAAAGGAGAAAUUGCUUUUUAUUUCCAAGAAGAGAAGUGGAAACGGAGCCUAAUUCUACCGAUUUCCUUUCAAGAACGAACGAGGAAGCCCAAAUGCUGAAGAGUGAAGCCACACACUCCACUGAAUCAAAAUACACAGAUUUUAAUAUAAAGACAAAGCUUCAAACUAUUGAUUCAAUUACAAAGUAAGUUAAGAGGUGGGCAAAACCAAAAUUGAAAAUUCACACUAAUGCUACCCGAAAUGGAAUAAAAUGACAGCGGACUGUGAGAGAAA